CAAGUAGAAUAUCUGUCACUUUCCUGGCUAGGGUGCACGCACCAAAAUCACCUCCUGGUAUUACCUGUUGUAAUAGGCUAUCUAUAUUUUUACAGUGGAAUUGUGGACUUGUAAUAGGCUAGUUUACGAAAAAAAUACAAUUUUACUGCAACUUCUGGAAGGUGUUUUUUUUAGGCAAUCAGGGAAACCUGAGAAACAGAACUAUCAAAAAAGAAAAUAGGCUAUUUUUGUGAUUCCGAUCAUGUCUGGCGAAGAGGCACCGGCACGACAGCAGCAAGAACCCGCAGAGGAGAAGACAGAGAACCCACCUACUGAGGAACCUCCAUCGGAGGAAGCCCAAGAGGGUGAGCCAUCCCCCGCGGAAGAGCCAGCAGACGAGCCUGCGGCGGCGACCCCCGACAAAGCGCCCGUGGCGCCCGAGGAGGAAGUUUUCAGCUACCGUGCUUUGUUCCUAACGGGCUAUGGAGGCUAUGACAAAGUGAAGCUCCAGAUGAAAAAGGGAAAGCCGAGCCUGAAAAGCGCAGAGGUGCUGGUGCGGGUCAAGGCGUGUGGUCUGAACUUCGCCGAGUUGUUGGGGAGACAGGGGUUGUAUGAGCUGCUGCCGUCGCCGCCCGUCACGCCCGGGAUGGAAUGCUCGGGCGUGAUUGAAGCCAUAGGGGAAGAGGUGACGGAUAGAAAAGUGGGUGACCGUGUGUUGGUGUUGAGUCGUCACGGUCUGUGGCAGGAGGUGGUGGUUGUGCCUGCUAGCCAAACAUUCAUCAUGCCUGAGUCAAUGAGCUUCGAGGAAGCGGCGGCCCUCCCCAUCAACUACCUGACGGCCUACAUUAUGCUUUUUGAGAUGGCCAACGUCAGAGCCGGACAGAGCAUCCUCAUCCACAUGGCAGCAGGUGGUGUGGGCAUCGCUGCCACCCAGCUCUGUCAGUUGCUGGAGGACGUGACCGUGUUUGGCACUGCGUCGGCCAGCAAGCACGAGACCAUCAGCCAGGGGGGGGUCACCCACCCCAUCGACUACCGUACACGAGAUUACGCCGAGGAGAUCCGUAAAAUCAGCCCCAAGGGAUUGGACGUUGUCCUGGACCCUCUGGGAGGCUCAGACACCCAAAAGGCCUUUAGUUUGCUGAAGCCCAUGGGCACCCUCAUAGUGUUUGGUGCAGCCAACUGUGUGACGGGUCAGAAGAAGAACCUAUUGGCGGUAGCCAAGACCUGGUACAACCAAUUCACCAUCAACACCCUGAGGCUGAUGCAUGCCAACAAGGCUGUGUGUGGCUUCCAUCUGGGCUACCUGGGUGACGAGGAGGAGCUCAUCACCCAGACCAUGACCCGCCUACUGGAACUCUAUACCCAGGGCAAGAUCAAGCCCCGCAUUGACUCCACCUACCACUUUGAACAGGUGGGUGACGCGAUGAGGCGUAUGCACGAGCGCAACAACAUCGGCAAGGUGAUUCUGCUCCCAGAGCCGAAGAAAGAGGAGGAAAAGCCCGAGUCCAACCCUGUGCCAGCAGAGACAGACAAGAAAGAGGAGGAAAAGGAUGAGAAUAAGAUGGAGACCAGCACAGAAGAGGUCAAGAGAGAGGAGAAUUGAGAAAGGGAGAGUAUGUAUGUGAGCAGUAGACUUGAGCACUUCAACAUUGGCCUUCUCUACUCCUCAGUCCAUGUCUCAGAAAUCGACCAUUGCCUCAGUGUUUCUAUCUGUUUAUACGUGUGAGGUGAAGUUGCCCCUAAGUGCUGAUCUAAGAUCUCUUUUUUUUUUACCUCCUUUUGGUCAAAAGGUAGAUUCUGCGAAACACAAAAUAAACAGCCGUAUCAGACCGACUUCAGCAACAACAAUGAGCACAAGGCGCGGCUGGUUUCUACGCAGUUGUUGUCAAACAGCUAUACUGACGUAGGAGACGGAAGUGUAAACCAUGCACAUGCACAGGUGCUCUGUGUGAGUGCAUCGUCUUGCAGCGUGCUCAUCUGCAAUAUCGUUGGCUUACCUUGCUACUUGUGACAACGGCACAUCGCUGAGUCUCAGUUUAAUAAGACUAGGAUAAGCUGAACUUAGAACUGCGCUUAGGGGCAAAUGUGUAUGGUGGCCUUGUUCUACUGACACUAGUGACUUAGUCAUGUUGUUUGUAAAAUAGCUUCUCAGACAAGUUGCUAUGUUUCCAGUAAUGUUCCAAGGUCUUAUGUUUCAAAGGAAAAAGUGCCCCAUUAGCAACACUUCAUGAGUCACCAAUACUGUAAUUUGUCUCCCUACAAGUUGAAUUGCAUGCUCUUCUUGAUUCAGCAGGCAGAUACCGUAUUGUUAUAUGAAUUGGAGGUCCAGCUUUUAAACAAAAAUGUGUUAGUAUUUUGCAUUAGUGAAUUAUGGAAAGUGUAUGUGUGUGUGUGUGUGUGUGUGUGUGAGCGUUUCUGAGUGAUAUAUGGUUUGAUGUUGUUUGAAUUGUGUUUUGCCAAAAUUCUCUUUCAAUGUCUUAAUGUCAUAUUUCAAUAUGUAAAUUGUCGCUGACUUCGUGGCCACUUUGAGAAUACAAUGAGACCAGUAUUUAAGUGUAGUUUGUUAGAUGGAUUGUUGCUUUUUCCUGACCUAGUGUGCCAAAUUAAACACCAACUUUCCCCUUUGCCCAUAUAUCACAAAAAUAAUGAAAAACAGGGCCUUCCUUUACCUUGUCAAACUGUUUGAAUUGUUCUUGAUUAAACAAUGUCCCGGUGACCUUGUGAUAAAAAAAAAAGUUUGGCACAAGCUUUUCUUGUCAACACUCUGCUUUCGAUUUGUGAUUAUCGUCGCACGGCUCUCAAUGUUGAACAGUGCCUCUUCAGUAUGAAAAGUAUAAUAGGAAUAUACUUAUUAUAUACUUAAUAUACUUUUUAUAUUAAGCAUAUAAACAAUCCCAGUUUGUAACUGUGUAUUCUCAAGGAUUGCCCCAGCCUUCCUCCAGACCAGUCAAGUUGCUCUGACUUAAGAAACAGGAGAACGUGGGAACACACUUGACUUUUGCAUCAACUAUAGUGCUUGCUCUCUGGACACUUCCUCGUUGGUGCCAUGAUGUUGUAUUCUACGAUGAUCUGCAGCGAAUAGGCCUAUAUCAUUCGCUAUUAUCUGUGGCCAAAAUAUCAUAUGACACACGCAAAUAGAACACUUGAUUUGCAGAAUUUGUAUUAGGGAAUUUCAAUUUUUUUUGUGUGUUUUCAUGGUGAAUUCUCACUGUGUCCCAUUUCAUAUCAUUGUAUCUUAUGGCUUUCAUGAAUGAUUCCAAAUGGUCUUGCCGAGCUCAUGGUCUAAGUGUUGACACACCCAGCUGCUUGCAGAUGUAUACCGAACCUGGAGACUGGGGUUCGAUUCCCAUGACCAUUCUUUCUACUGUAUCUCCCCCUCUAAUUCUGUUCUGUUCUGACUAAAUGAGGCUCUAAAUUCCACUCUGCUUUCAAAACUCCAAAUGGUUAAUAUAAGAGGAAGCAGAUGUUUUUUCCAGCUGUGGCGGUAACCCGACGCAGCAGAGAAAGGAAGCUACUCUUCUCCCCGUCCAAAACCACGCCACCACACACAUUCCACUCCUACUCUCCACUCUCUCUCUCUCUCUCUCUCUCUCUCUCUCUCUCUCUCUCUCCCUCUCCGGAGAGCAUUCCCAUCUCUUUAUUUUCAUGUUAAACAAGUCAAAUGAAAUGUAACUUUUGUUUAGGAAUGUGUUUAUGAUUAGUGUUUGUUUUACCAUUUGCAAUUUUUCCCCUCUGUCAGAAGUGAAAAUGGAAAGGUUGGGUUUGUGUAGUUUUCCUUCUUUCCUGGCAUUAGAAUGAAUGAGGUAUGAGCUAAGACAUGGCUGGGAUUUUCUGGAAGGAAUUGGGACUGGGAAUCUGAGUAUCUGAUUCAUUUUCCCCCCAGAGUCCUUAUGACCCUGCAGGUGUUUCCACCCAUUCUGAAACCUGAAUCAUACUGAACGUUGAUUUGCAUUGUUCAGAGCCAGCGGUUUGUUGUGGUAAUGCUUUUGUUGCUCAAAUCCCCAUAUUUGUUUGCCUAUUUUUGCUUCAUCCAAAAGCACCUGCAGACGUACCCAAGCACUUAAUAUGACACUACUAACUUUACAAGUGGUUUGUUUAUGUUAUCAUACACUUCCUUGAUGUAUUUGAAGUCUUUGAUUGAAAUUCUCUGCAGUGCUUGAAUCUGUGUUUUCACCACUUUCUAUGACGCUGUCCACAUGAACUGGUGACGCUUUUCUGACGUUUUGCCCUAUGCCUUACCUGUAUUGUACUGUACAUGUUUUCUGAAAUGAAUAAAUUGCAUUCCAAAAUGACAAA